UCGCCGUCUCCAGGAGUUCAAGUACCAAAAGCGCCCUCGCACGCGCAUCGCUGUUCCUAAACCCUCCGACCCCAACCCGCAACCACAGCCUGAGCCGAACCUUCGAGAAGAUUCCGGAAGUCCGGGCCGUGACGUCCAUGGCGACCGAGGGCAGCGGGGGCAGCGGGGGCGGCGAACAGGCCGCGUUCGAGGCGCGGGUGAAGCGGCUGUUCGGGUCGCACCUCUUCGACGCCGUCCCGGGCUCCUCCUUCCCGGCGGCCUCGUGGUCCGUCGCCGCGGGUGACGUCGAGCGCCAGCGCUGGGCGAAGCCCUCCGAGGCUCGCGACGAGGAGGAGGAGCGCGCCGGCGCGGCGGACCGCGCCGACACGCCAUGCGCCUCCGCGUUCUACGACGCCAACGGGUGCCUCCGCGGCCGGAGGCGCCGGCCCAGGCAGGACUUUGAGGGCGACCUGGAUGAUCCUGGGGACGAGGAGGUGGAGGAGGAGGAGGCCGGGGAAGAGGAGGAAGAGAGGCGGAAGGCGGUGGCGGAGGACGAUGAGGAGGGGAUUAGGGUUUCCAUCGACCUCGACCCGACUCUGGAUCGGGAGGAAGAGGAGGACAAGUAUGAUAGAGAGGCCUUUGGUAGAGAACAUGCUGCAGACCGUGUGUACAUGAAGGAUAUAAUGGAUGAUGGCAUAAACAUGAGCAUCAACAGCAUAGUUCCUGACCUCCUUGAUGAUUCAAUCGAAGAGGUGUACCGCUUCUCGAAGGAUCCUCGUGCAGAUAUCAGGGCAGCAUCUGCAAGACUCAGAGAAGACAAUGAUUCUUCUAAAGAUGGUGACUCUCACUAUCCCUCUCAAGCCAAGGAGUUUCCUACUGUUGAAAUGCAGGCUAAGAAAGCUAAGGAGGAUAUGAACGUAAAGCCUAUACUGAAGAGGAAGGAGGAGCAAGGCGAUUCAAAACCAAGGAAACGUGUCAGGUUCGAUGCUAGUGUUAAGGACCCAGAGUCAGAGAUUUUUGAACACGAUGAAGAUUCUCCUAUGGUUCCUCAAUCCAUGGAUUUUGUUACAGAAAAGGCAAACACAUCCGCUCCAUCUGAAUCUCCUGGGGUUCCUGACUAUGUUAGGAACCCUUCGAAGUACAUACGUUACACCCUGGAUGCACCAGAGGGCAAUGAUGAAUCUAACAGGAGAGCUCUUGCAGACCUGCAUGAUCUGUUAGGGAGAUCAGAUCCCAACAAGGUGCAGCCUGAGGCGCCUGUUGAGAUUCCAAGUUCAGUCACGUUCAUUCCUCGCAAGAAGUCAGUUGAUGCCAUGGUGGUGGAUGAGGGUCCAAAAACUAGUGAUUCAAACUCAUCUCUAAUUGGUAUGGUGGCAGGAGGUUCUGAUGAAACUGAUCAAUGCGAGAUGGAUGAAGAUGACAGUAAUGUAUCGUCACUACCACAGAUUCAUACAAACUCAAAGACAAACUCCCGUCGUUACAGGGCAAAUAGAACUGAUGAUGAUGAGUGAAGCUGAUGUUUUCAGAGUCCCUAGUUGAUGUUUGUUUUAAGAAACUUACAAGUUUCAGAUUUCCUUAUGUAAUUCAGGAGAUAUGUAUGUACCCCUGCUUUGGUCUUAUGAUCUGAGCUGACCAGCUAUUUUUCAAGUACGGUGUUAUCCAUA